GGUUUUGCAUCUGUACUAAAUUAAAAAGUUUCAGUAGCAAAAUUGACGACUGCAAUAGGAAAAAAAAAUAAACUGCGGCUACUGCAGUUGCGCAAUGGAAGCUACAAGCAGUACAAACACUGUAAGCAAAAUGCCUGCAGUAACAUCCACGACUACUGAAGAACAGAAUAAUGAUCCUGACCAGCGAAUGUGGAAUGCUCUCAAAUGGUAUAUCACUCGUGAACGACAAAGGAAAAAGCAGGAGUAUGAGGCUGAAGUAGAAGAGGAGAGAUUAAGAAAAGAGAGAGAGGCAAGAGAGAGACAAGACGUCAUGACAUUGGAGGAAACUAAGGAACAGAUUGAAGGACUAGAGCAGAAACUGAAACAGCUAGAGAAAGAGAAGCAACAGUUAUUCAUGCAGUUGAAGAAGGUGCUUAAUGAAGAUGAGAUUAGGAAGAGACAACAGCAGAAGGAGUCCAAUGAAAACCAACCAAUGAAGAUGCCAAUGGGCAACAUUCAGAUUCCGAUGUUCCCAAUGUCGACAUCUACGGGGCAAGGCGAACAAAUACAAUCACAGGGCCGGCCCCCACCUCUCAGUUCUCACAUGCUGAACAAGCAGACUAUAGUCCGCGGGCCCAUCCAGGCCGGAGCGAAGCGAGCCCGCAGUCCCUCCCCCACAUACGCGCUGUACUCCCAGCGCCUCCACCAACCACCCAUGAAACAUCAGCCGGUGUACUCCGAUCACAAAGUAGAAGAUGGCCGCAUGGGCCGGCAAAUGCGCGCCGUACUGUGGAACAAGCCGUCCCAGUACGGGGGUAACUCUGGGUCAGUGACCUCGGGCGCCUACUACGCCAUGCCGACGUCAGGCGUGGUGGUGGGCGAGCGGCCGCCGCCGCUGCUGUACGCGCACCACGCACACACGCCGCACACGCCACACACGCCGCACACGCACCACGCGGGACUCAUGUACGCCGCGCCGCAGCCGCAGCUUUACUUGGAUAUGCUGAACAAUAGAGAGCAGCAUCCGGAGCCUAAGAAAGAAGCGCAGGGCCAGCAAGUGGUGAUUGGGCUGAGCGAGGCGGUGCACCCGUCGGUGAGCACCGCCGUGGUGUACGCGCCCGCCGGCCGGCACCUAGUGCACCAGCCCAACCACAUGCAGGUGCAGACCUCAAAGCCGGGCAGCAUAACGCAGGGCUACCCGGUGCAGUCGAGCGCUAGCGUUCAGAACGCCACCAUGUACCCGAGCCGCCACCGCUACUAGCUAGUGCUGCUGCACCGGCAGCCCGCCCAGCCGCCCUAGCAGACUCACUACGGGCCACACACCGACAUGAGAACCUAAUCAAGGGAUUCCACCACUGAGUACUAUACUUCGUUUUUUUUAGCAUUAGAAAGAACUCCAUAGAAGCAAGCGUGCAGUUUUUAUCAGGCUCUUUAAUUGUUAAUAAUUAUUGAAUUAUCUAAUGUAACAUGGUCAAUACAUAUAAUUUAAUUCAAAUUAUUACCGCUAAAAGUGCUGGAUUUGGAACCACAGGCUUACUUCUGCGAAGUUCUUUCUAAUGCUAAAAUAACGGACUAUAUGUGGCACAAACAGAUUCAGUACAAAAAUGCUUGUGCCGCACAGUGCCUCUAGUGGAAUCCCGCCUUAAUGGCCGACUUUUAUUUUGUUGAUUAUAUUGCGUCAGAUUUGGAUAAAAUUUAGUACCAGUAGUGGGUUAUUCUCUAAAUGUCUGCGGUUGCGUCUAAUGGGGUUGGCAACUGUCAAAGGUUGGCAUAGAUGGCGGCAUCAUAUCUUGCCCGUUUUUCUAUGAGAUUUGGCUUAAAGAGCUGGCAUCCAGGACAUUAAAAAUAAAAAAAAAUUACACAAUUCUAGGGAUUGAUAGGGUAAGCUGCGCCAUCUGCUAAAUACUUCGACCGGCCAACCACGACUAUUUUCAUACAUUUUGUAUGGGUCGUGGCAAUUAGACCGUGGAUAUAUUUUUUGUGACUGACCACAGUCAGAGUUUAUUGAAAGUGGAAUAUAUGUAUGUAAAGUUUGGCGUUGCUCAUAAAUAAACAUCGUAAAUUUUAUAGCAUUUUCGGUGCAGCGGAGUGGUGUCAACGAAGUUUCGUUACCUACAUACGUUACAUACAUAUUAAUAUCUGACGAAAAAUGAAACAACUUAAUGAAAUUCGGCUGGAAAAUAAAGAUUUCUAGCCCUAAAACCAGUUAGCUAUAACUCGUUUAUGCUCUAGUUUCCUAGGAUAGCGGUCCCGUCACAUAGCGGCCGUCUCCAUACAAAUACUACGACAUCCAUAUUUAGCCGUAUUAUUUAGUAUGGAGUCGGCCGCUAUAUGACGGCACCGCUAUCCUAGGAAACUAGAGCAUUACUGCUAAGCUAUUUGAAUCGUGUGAUUUAUUAUUGUAGAAUACUACCAUAAAUAAAUAUACCUACUUCAGAUUGAUACAUACGACACAGCAGAAAACUGACUAUAGAGAACCUAAUUAAAACCUAGCUAUUUUUAGAGCUACAAAUCUUACAUUUUUGUUAACCUCAUUCGGUGUUCUAAACCCUUUUUAAUACAAACAUGGGUAAUGUGCCGUGCUAAUCAAGAGAACUGUUAACCCAACAGAACAAUACAAGUGCUCAUAGACAUUGUAAGUGAUCAUGGGAAACUGAUCACUGUGGAUUUUUUAUACAACAGUAACUCGUUUGCAUUGAUCUUGAGUAUAAAAUGCAAUUAAUACACUCAAUAUUUUAGAUUCUGUAAAAAUGAUAUUUAUCAGAGAUUGCAACGCCGUUACAGUGCGAAAUAAGUACUGGCUCAUUUUGUACAGUGAAGUUCAUAAAUAUGUAUUCAUUUUUUCGCCUUAAUCCAUUGCAAUAAGGUAAAAAAAUGUAUGCAUAUUUAUGAACUUGGGUGUACCACAGUACAAAAUUUAAUGGUUUUAAUUUUCUAGCUGUCAAAAACCGGCAUUUUAUAAGUUUAUUUAGGAAUGAGUCUGACGCUUCGCACUGCAGCCGCGUUAGUAUAUGUAUAUCUAUUUUAUUUCACAUUAAAGGUAUAUAUUUGACUAAAAAUAAUUGUUACGUUUUGUAUACAUAUGAUUUAUACUUACACAGCAAUAUUGAAAAUUAGUAAUAUUACUAAUGCUGACACUGUUAGAAUAUUCAAUGUAGAUGAUACAUUUCGUUUACUUUUAGUCGAAUACCUAUCCAAGUAAAACAAUAUUUAUAUUAAAUCGGCCUAGAAUGACAGCUAAGCCAAAGCUCUAAAUAAAAUGAUGUAUACAGUGCUAUUUUAGAUGCAGCUAAGAAAACCAAAAGUUUGUCCCUUGAGGAGUGUCUUUUCAAAAGGACUUAAGGCUCCGCCACACAGGUGCGUUUGGCGGGCGGCGCGCAUUCUGGUUAAAGACAUUACUCAAAAGAAAUCUUACAUUUCACUUAAUGAGUAAGUAGUUUACAAUGUAAACAAAUAGAAGUUAUGACGAUUUGCGAGCGUCUACAUAAACUUUUACAUAUAAAACGCUCACGCCCUGCUCGUAAAACGCGCCUGUGUCACGGAACCUUUAUUUUUGUACGGUAUUCAUAGAGAAAUAAGCCCUUUUGAAAAGAUUCGCUUCUCACUUUUCAACUCUAUUUCAAAGUCGCGAAGAUUCUAAAAUGGGCAAACCUUGUAUUUCUAGGGCUGUAUUAUAUUUUGAAUAGCCAAAAUAAGGACAGUAUUAUGUCACAGCCUUUCUUAACUGUCAAUCUCUCGUUGAAUAUUUAAUAAUGGACUUUAAAUACAAAAUUAUAUAAUAAUAUAAUAAAGGACACAGUAUUAGAUGCUCUUCACAAUCAUGUAAAAAUACAAUAGAUACAUCUUCUGCUUGUGGUGGUACAUAAAAAUGAAACUCA